GAAAACCUCCAGUCCAUUUAAACCCAGCAGGGGGAGGCGAAGUAGAAAAGAGCACAGACUUCUUCAGUGAGAACGAAACGAGAGGGGGCGUCAGUGCGAACAAAGUAAUUAUAGGGAGAGGAGUGAGAGGACAUUCGGAAAUUGAACGAAAGUAAAACACUCUGGGUUUGUAUCUUCGUGGUUUUCCGACGUAGACGAUACACCCAAACUUCAAUUACAGCCUCAAAUCAAGUCGUGGAUGUGGGGUGCAUAUAUCACCCUGGGAUUUAGCUACACGAGUAACGUUCCUGCCGUCAAAAUUUUUCUCCUCUCUUUAUUUUAUGUCAGGUGGCUGAACUGUGGAAGCUACAGAGGACAAUAUCGAUUCCACAGGAUUUGAAACAUUUGUGCUGUACUUUAUACAAAAGUGCGAAGAUGUCUGGACAAAGCAUUACGGAUAGGAUAACUGCAGCUCAACACAGUGUAACCGGCUCCGCGGUGUCCAAAACGGUGUGCAAGGCGACCACGCAUGAAAUUAUGGGACCAAAAAAGAAACAUUUAGAUUACUUGAUCCACUGCACCAAUGAGAUGAACGUGAACAUCCCCCAGCUGGCAGACACCUUGUUUGAAAGGACUGCCAACACCAGCUGGGUGGUGGUCUUCAAGUCUCUCACCGCCACACACCACCUCAUGGUCUACGGCAACGAGAGAUUUAUACAGUACCUGGCUUCAAGGAACACGCUUUUUAACCUCAGUAAUUUUUUGGACAAAAGUGGCCUACAAGGCUAUGACAUGUCAACGUUCAUAAGGAGGUAUAGUCGCUACUUGAAUGAGAAGGCUGUAUCGUAUCGACAGGUCGCUUUUGACUUCACCAAAGUAAAACGAGGGGCGGAUGGCGUUAUGAGAACCAUGAACACAGAGAAGUUACUGAAGACCCUACCCAUUAUCCAAAAUCAGAUGGAUGCACUACUUGAUUUCAAUGUCAACGCCAAUGAGCUUACCAACGGAGUGAUAAACGCGGCCUUCAUGCUUCUGUUCAAAGAUGCCAUUCGACUGUUUGCGGCCUACAACGAAGGCAUUAUUAACCUGUUGGAGAAGUACUUUGACAUGAAGAAAACUCAAUGCAAAGAGGGCCUUGACAUCUACAAGAAAUUCCUCACUAGAAUGACAAGAAUCUCUGAAUUCCUUAAAGUAGCGGCGCAAGUAGGGAUUGAUCGAGGGGACAUCCCAGACCUCUCCCAGGCCCCCAGUAGCCUCUUGGAUGCCUUAGAGCAGCAUUUGGCUUCUUUAGAAGGAAAGAAGGUGAAAGAUUCCACAGCAGCCAGCAGGGCUAGCACUCUCUCCAACGCUGUCUCUUCUCUGGCCAACACGGGCAUAUCUUUCACCAAAGUGGACGAGAGGGAAAAGCAGGCAGCUCUGGAGGAAGAGCAGGCUCGCCUAAAAGCGCUGAAGGAGCAGCGUCUGAAGGAACUCCAGAACGGUCAUUCUUCCUAUGCCACCACGGUUGCCUCCCCUGUGUCCACUGACGGACGAACCAUCAACACAGCACCGGCCAUCGACCUGUUCUCCACUCCCAGCUCCACAAACGGCACUUCCAAGGCGGCGAGUGACCUUCUGGACUUGCAGCCUGCAUUUCAGCAGCAGGCACUGCUACUCUCCACUGGCCUACCAACAGCCAACACAUGGGGAGAUCCUUUCACUUAUACAGAAGCUGUCGAAGACUCCAUUCCAAACUUUAACCCUUUCCUUAUACAUCCUGUUGUCGAUGCGGUUCAUCUGCCUGUUGUGUCUUCCGAUGGUGUUAGUUCUAGGACACCCACUUACGAAAUGUUUGGUGAUCAUUACAAUCCCUUUAUUGUUUCGAGCUCUUCCAUUGCAUCUGAUCAUGAGCACACAGUGCGGAUAGAGCAGUUUAUCUCAGACUCUUUCUGUGGGCCAGGAUCAUACCCUACCACUCCUCUCUUCCAGUCUGAGCCCUCUGCUGUAGCUGGUCUAUUUGGAGGAUUCUCAGUGUCUUCCACCACGCAACCCCAGACCGCCAGAGGCCUUAACGUCAACUUUGACUCUGUGUUUGGCAAUAACUCAGCCUCCGCCAACAAUGUUGACUCUGCUGUGGCCUCCUCGCUCAGCCAGGGGCUAAUCCCAAACGGGCAGCAGCUUGGGAAGCUGGUGUCGGAUGACCUGGACUCAUCCUUGGCCAACCUUGUGGGCAAUUUGGGAAUUGGCAAUGGUGUGGCAAAAAAUGAUAUUCAUUGGAGUCAGCCUGGUGAGAAGAAGUUGACAGGUGGAUACAAUUGGCAACCAAAGAGUGCUCCCUCUACCACAUGGAACCCUGCCACCAUGAACGGCAUGCAUUUCCCACAAUACGCACCAUCUGUCAUGGCCUUCCCUGCAACGACGCCGACGGGGAUGAUGGCAUAUGGAAUGCCUCCCCAGAUGGGUUCCAUGGCCAUGAUAAACCAGCCCACCAUGAUGUACAGCCAACCGGUUGUGAGGCGGGCCAACCCCUUUGGCCCGGCCCCAGGAGCACAGUCCUCGGCAGCUUCUAGUCCCUCCAGUCAGAGUCCUCUCAGAGCGACAGGAAAGGACCCUUUUGCCCAGCUCUCUCUCAAGGAUUUCUUGUAGAACAUCUUUAGAUGCAGUUCAUGUAACCUGAAAGGGAGGCUUUUGUCCUCUGAAGACAAACCAAGAAGCAGCUAAACUUUCACUUUCAAGUAAAAAUCUGUUUUUACUCAUCGUCGAGAAUAUCAGCCCAAAUAAGAAAGGACUUGAAGGAAUCAAGGGGGGAAAGCCAUGUCCAAGACGUGUCAAGUAUACGUAGGACAAGGAUCCCAUUUUGUAAUUUGUCUUACGAGAAAACGUGUGUGCUGCUGUUCUAACCUCUCUACAGGGAUCACUCAUCCCAUUUGUCUUCUGUAAAAGAUUAACAUGGUUGUGGAAAGGGAGAUAAUUUGACUUUGCUGUUAUGUAUAAAAAUAGUGGGUUAUCACACACAGCUUGAUGUUCUUGGGGUGAGGACGUGGGAUGAGUGGAAGAAUUGCUUGAUCUGAUCAUCAAUUGUGCAUUAUCUAAUUUAACCAUCACUGAUUAGUAAUGCUAACCUCUGUUUUAUACCAUGAUUUCAAUAUUUUCUCUUUAAAAAAAGUUUUAUUACAUUUGCAGUAGACAUUCCUUGUGUAUUGUUAGUAUUUAUUUAUGAUUACCCUCGGAGGAAAUGGGGGGGAAAAUAACAAUAAUAAUGUCAUUGAACUCUUCCUUGUGGGAGGAUUUCAGGUUUAUACAUGGUUAUGAUUGAUUGUAUAAUUGGAGUUUGAGUGUGACAGAGUAAAAAAUAGUUAAUAUAAAGAUGAAAAAAUUUAACUGACUGUCAACAGACAGUUUAGCUCUAAUCACUGAACCGGCAUAAUGUCAAGCACAGUUUGUGGCUCAAAGUCACAACCCUCCAUGUGUAAGGGGUGAUAUGGACAUCAAACAAGGGUAUUCAUUCAAUACAGUCAAUUCUGUGAGCUAGGGUCUUUUUUGUUGUUGCGAGGGAACAUUUUCACGCACUAGCAAAGCACUACAUUUGUGAUUCGGCGGCAUUGCAUUGAGAUGGAUCCGCAUUUAUGCUUUACGCUUGGAAUGUCGUUUAUUUUACAUGGCUGCCUUUCCAACCUGAAUGUGCAGAGUGUCCUUCAGGCUCGGGCCAUCUUUACAUAGACUAGCACUGGGAUUGGAGGAAAGAGGGAGGUGAUUUUCACAGGAGGCAGGGGGAAAAGCUGUGAUUGUGUCACUGGAGGGUCAGCUCUCUGUAAGUAGUUGAACCCAGGUCUGCCACUAUUGGACAUCUUUUAAAUACUUUGUUUGCUUUAGCCUGUCUGGACUGCCAGAUGGGCUGUGUUAGCACUUUUGGGACGAUUCAAUUGGUCCAUUAACCCAGACAAGCUCAAUCAAGCACAGAUAAAGUGUGAAAUUAGUAUUUGAUACCAUGUCUGAUAAGUGGGCAGAAGGGUCCAGUUAAGCAGGGAGAAAUGGAACACUGUUGAUCGGUGCUUUGUGUGUGUGUAUAUAGAAGAGAGCCUAUCCCAUGAUGGAAAGGAUAUGUACAGGAUGGUCAGAACCUGAAGGUUAUUCUAUUCAUCAAAUAUUUACUGCAUUGUCCCUGCAGAUUAUAUUUUUGUUUAUAUUAAAUAUAUAAAUAAAUGUAUGCAGACUUUUGGUUGAUUUUCCAAUAAAGUGCCGUUUCCAGUG